CCACCAAACCGAAGUCUUUUAAUUCAAGAAAAGACUGAAAUGGAGGAGGAUGAACCCCCGCUCGCUGUUCAAAUUGAACCCAACACCCCUCACCGGCUAUCCGAAUCCAAGCUACCUGAAGACGACGUCGUCUCCGUCGGUGUAACCAUCAUCACAGGCUACCUCGGCGCCGGAAAAUCUACUCUCGUUAAUCACAUAUUGAAUGGACAACAUGGGAAGAGGAUUGCCGUGAUACUGAACGAGUUUGGCGAGGAAAUUGGAGUUGAAAGGGCAAUGAUAAACGAAGGAGAAGGUGGUGCCCUUGUAGAAGAAUGGGUCGAGCUUGCUAACGGAUGCAUUUGUUGCACUGUUAAACAUAGUUUAGUUCAAGCCCUUGAGCAACUCGUCCAAAGAAAAGAAAGACUCGAUCAUAUAUUGUUAGAGACCACAGGGUUAGCCAAUCCUGCACCCCUUGCAUCUAUUCUCUGGUUGGAUGAUCAGUUGGAGUCUGCAAUCAAGCUUGAUUCUAUAAUCACUGUCGUGGAUGCCAAAAACCUCCAUUUUCAGCUGAACAGUCAUCGAAAGUCAUCUUCGUUUCCAGAGGCAUUUCUUCAAAUUGCAUUUGCGGAUGUUGUAGUACUUAACAAGGUUGAUUUGGUUUCUCCGGAAGAUUCUGGAGUUUCUAUUGAAGAACUGGAGAAGGAAAUACACAGCAUUAACUCACUUGCCAAUAUCAUUCGUUCUGUUCGGUGUCAAGUGGAUUUGUCCAAGAUAUUGAACUGCCACAGUUAUGAUGUUACACAUGAAACACAUUUGGAAGCCCUGCUAGAAGAAAAUCAAGCCCUAAAUUCCAGGGAUCUUCAUGAUACUGGAGUCAGGACCUUGUGUAUUCAUGAACCACAAGCUGUUGAUCUUGACAAGGUUCGUUCAUGGCUAGAGGAGAUUCUUUGGGAGAAAAAAUAUAAAAUGGAUGUUUACCGCUGCAAAGGAGUGUUAAGAGUUCAAAAUUCAGAUCAAUUACAUACUUUGCAGGCUGUGAGGGAGAUAUAUGAGAUUGUUCCAGCUCGCGAGUGGACUAAAGAAGAAAGUCGAAUUAACAAAAUUGUGUUUAUAGGUCAUAAUCUGGAGGAAGAUAUUCUUACUGAAUCCUUUAGAGGCUGCACAUUGGCAACCUCCUGAUGCUAAUCUGCAACCACAAGCAGUGUGGGGUCUUCUGCAAACUCUGAUUCCCAAUUAAAGAUCUUAGGAAGAAACAGAAUAUAUUGAAUGGAUAAUAGAGGUUGUUUUUUCUCUGAAUUCUUGUAGUUUUAUGUCAGAUAGAAUUUGGUAAUAUAGAAAAUGCCCUUGGCUGCUGAUAACUCUUUCUUUCUGUUGGUUGAGUUUGAUUGUUAAAUUCUCAAAAUAAAAAAAAAAAAAAAAGAAAGAAAAAUGAAACAUGUAGAGUGCAUUUGAAGAAAGAAAAAGAGGAGAAUGAAAGCUAGCGAGCCGGGCUGACACGAGUGAAAACUCCGGCAGUUCGAGGGUCUGAGGCCCUUGCUGGAGGUGGACAUGAAGAUGAUUUUUUCUGUUGGGUUUUUUGUUUGUUGGAAUCUCCCUUAGCCUGUUUGCUUUCUCUUUUUCCAUUUAUAUCCAAAAGACAAUUGCCUA